CCUAUUGCUUUAUGGUAAACUUUGAUUUUGUUUUUUUGUUUUUUAACUUUAGUUAAAAAUGAAUUAAUUGCUAUUUUCCGCAGAGUACGCGCUUCUAACAUAGAGCAUAUGAAAGGGAGGAGUGGCUUGUUUCCCGCGGAGGGAGUAUACUAAAUUUUGCAGUCAGUUCUACACCCACUAAUUAGGCUACUUGCACAUUCGUGGCCGAAGAAGAUUUGAGGGGUAUACAUGGUAUAUGAUGUUUGGCAAUUCUCCCAAUGGCCCUGAGUGCAGUUACCUGCAAAGUGUUGACACCCCAAAUAUGGAGAAUAAAGCUGAUUUGUACCAUAACGUAUAAUAGGAUACAUAAAGCUUCUCAAACUAUUCUGUCUUCAGAACUAUUUUCUACACCAAAACAUCUGCAAAUAUAUGCACGAAACUUGGUUUAUACCAUGGAUAUCACUCCUCCGAUUGGAGCAUUUGUUUGCCAGCCACUUUCAAAACCUAUUCAUUCUCAGAAGACUACUAUUACCCAAUCAGUGGUCGAUAAAGUGACAAAGCCUGUCCAUACACAGGAGAACACUGUUGCUCAAUUAAAGUUAGUUACAGAACAAGUUAAUGAGACUAACAUAAACACCAAAACCUAUUUAUCAGCAGAUCAAAUCACUAAAUUCAAGAACGAUGACAAGGAUAAAGCGAUUAAUGAUACAAGUACUACUAGAUAUGCUAUGACUGAAAUUGACACAGGUGAUACAUGUACAAGUGAGAAAGUGAAAAUAAACAAUGAUGACACUCCAAUAGAAAUAUUUACUCCAUUUACUCCAAUAAUUGUAACAGGACCCCCUGAUCCAACCAAAGCUCACCAAAUAGGAGCCACCCAAUCAACAGAUCACCCAGAUACAACUAUGAAAAGUAUCAAAAGAAAAUUGACAACAGAAUGUGAUAGAGAUAGUUCUGAAUAUUCUCAAUCAACAACAAAGAAAAAAAGCAUUUUACCGAAGAGUUUACUUUCUCAAGUGACAUCUUUUAUACAGGAUAAUAAGCAAAUUAUGGAUGCUUCAAAGUUAGAUAAAACAACAUCUAGAGUAGGAAAGUCUCAUAUUGAACAAAAAAAGAAGAAAAAAUCUAAAACUAAUACCAACGAGAGAUUGAAUGAGGAUGGGUGUGAGGCUCAAGAUACAACUGAUAAUGGUGAAGAUGCAAAUAUUGCUGCAAGUGAACUUAAUCAUGAUUUGAUUGAUACUCUUAUGUUGAGCAAUGAGUCAAAAAAGAAUAAUCAAGAAAAAUCAUUGCGCAGAAAAAGAAAGAAGAAGGAUUUUUCGACUGAAAUGGCUACGAGACGUCCUAACUACUUCCUGUCACUUCAGAUACAUAAUCCUAAGAUUCAUGAAAAGUGUCGUGAGGUACAAGAAACUGUGGUAGAGCAGGAGAGGGCUUUAAAGGGUGCACUUGUAGCACUGUCUACACUACACAUUACACUGAUGGUCAUUCAAUUGGAGAACAAAGACCAAAUUAAACGAGCAACCAUAGCAAUGGACAACUGUCAGAGACUUUUAGCUUCCACACUUAAAAAUCUUGUUACUAUUGAAAUAGAGGGGAUAUCUCACUUCCGUAAUGCUGUUCUGUAUGCUGAUAUAAAACCUGGUCCAGGGCUAGACAUGUUGCAUAAAAUUGCAGAUGCUGUGAAAGAAACAUUUCGUCAGGAGGGUAUUGAAUCUACAGAUGAUAAGGGACUUACACCUCAUCUUACAUUGAUGAAACUUUCAAAGAUGAGGACAAAAAAAGUGAAAAAGAUCAAGGCUGAGCUCUAUAAGGACUACAUAGAUGCAUAUUUUGGCGAGGAGACUUUCAUAUAUAUCCAGUUGUGUGAAAUGAAAAGAGAGGAUGACACAGGAUACUACAUUGUUGAACAUGCUGUGCCAUUACCUUAUGUUUCUAGUUGUGAGCUCUAAUAAGAAGAUGGAGACUACAGCAUCCCACUGUGAAGAAUCAUUGGUAGCACGAUUCAUGAAAAACAAAACAUUUGUAGUCAAAGUGGACAAUAUAUUGGAAUUUAAAGAUGUCACAAAAUCUCUAGACACUAUAGCAAAUAAAGCUGAAACUGAACUGCUGAAAGAUACAGAUAUUGGAAAGAAACACUGACACAAAUGGAAGAAAAAGUCCUAAAUAUUUUAUGUUAUUUACUAUUUACAGAAUAUCGUAGAACUUAUACUCUCAUACAUUGGAUAUGUACCCAGGGAUAGAUAUGAGAGUCACGCUGAUUCAGAAAAAUCAUUACAUGGAUACAUUUUUCUUUAAAUCCAUGGAAAAACAUAAUAUUAUUGCAUGUUCAUUUAUAGUACUGAUCUUAAUAUAUUGAC